CUAUGCUUGCCAGACAGACUGGCAUCUAUCUCCACGUGUGUCCAGCUGGCCCCCUUCUGCCACAGAGACAGUGUGUAUAUAGAAGUGUAUGUUUCAGUUGGUCCAGGUCUUACUGUUUCAGAGUAUUUUUGUUUUAUUUUUUUAAUGAGAAAACAUAUCCCGCCUUUACCACUUCCUUACUCAGCCCCAUGCAGUUGCCAGAGAGCCCAGAUGCUACCAUCAGCUAGGAGGCCCUGGUCAGCUCUGAGCAUGGGAGCCAGGUGGGCCUUUGUAGGACCUUCCCCUUAGCCUUAGAACCACUGCACCACUUCAGAUCCAAAUGCAGGAGAGAGUGAGACAUUAUCUUUUUGGCGGGGGAUUCUGGUGACUCUGGAUGGGGCAGGGGUAGGUGGGCAGGUACCCUGCAGGACAGAUGGAACUUUGUUCCCAUGUAAUGCAGUGUCACUGUCAUUAAAGAAGUUGUGGAUUCAUGCAUGGCAGGGCUGGCUGGCAUCUGUGGGUCCUGUCUGGGUGGAGACCGCAUAGUCCUGCCCUGGAGCCCUCCCCUGGCCUCUGAGUGGCCCUUCUGGAGUAUAGCCCAUGCCUAGCUUUUAUGGUGGGGAAUGUGGCCCCUGCAGGCACAAUCCCUAAAUUCACUGCACACUGGGGAGAGGAGGUGUCCCCUGGAUAUAUUGUCACUGGAGGUUGGGGCUGUUCCUGGUCUGAGCUUGUCGCCUGAGAACUGGUCAUGCUGGGAACCUGGGGACACAGCAAGUGAGGGGAAAGUUGUUGGUGGGAAGACAGGGUGGGGGCAGGCUGAGCUCAUGUGAAAGUAUAUAUUCCUGAUUCCCAUGUGGCCCAAAUGGCUCUGGCCAUGGGAGGGAUGGCCGUUAGGGACAUAAGGGUCCCAGGGGAAGGACGUCGGGCCUGGGAGGUGGCACUGCUGACACCUCCCCCUGACAGAUGGGCUGGAGACCAGCAGAGCAGCCCCAAGGCUUGAGAAGUCCAGAUGGAGGCAGAGGCUGCCUGAGACCCCCAGGGGUCAUAGUGUGUGGAGUUUUCCUGGGUCUCCAGUGGAGCCUGUGAGAUGAAGGUAGAGAGGGCUGGAAAGACGGUGGUGUGCGGUGGGUGUAGGUUCUGAGAGAACAGCAGAGGCCCAGGAUGCAGGUGCAUCAGCCCAGUGGGCCUUGCAGGAGUUUGGCUGGCCUGGAAGGACAGAGGGAUGGUUUGGAAGUGGCUGGGAGGGCAAGGAAGCCCUGGAGGUGGAGGAGCAGGGGCAGCUGGAGCCACCAAACAGUUUUCAGGCUCAGUUUUGACCAUAUUGGAGGAGAGAGGUGAAGGGAGGCUGCAUCCUGAGCCCUUCCCUCCAGGUGAGGCUAUUUUGAGCACCUGGCCUCUGGGAGCUUGUUUGGUGGGGCCAGUCCUGGGGCAGACGGUCAUAAGGAAUGGGCCUUUGACCGAGACCUGAGGAUGUGGGUGCACCUGAGUGAGUGGCAGCCCUGGCAGUAUGCCUGGGCCAGAAUGGCAGGGUCUGCUGUGGGGCGACCUACAUGGGUCAGGAGGUGACCCAGGGUGAGGACCAGGCAGAGGUGGUGUUGGUUUUUGUCUUGUUUACAUUGCUUUUUAUUGUGGUAAGACAGUAACAUAUACUACACCAUCUUAAAGGGAACAAUUUGAUGGCAUUUAGUACCUUCACAAUGUUGGACAGUCACCAUUAAUUGCAGAAUAUUCUCAUUAUCCCAAAAGGAAACCUUGUCCCCAUGAACAGUCACUUCCCAUCCCUUCUGCAUCUCCUAGUGAUCAUGAAUCCAUAUCCCUUCUCUGUGGAUCUGCCUGUUUUGGACAUUUCAUAUAAAUGGAGUCUCACACUGUGUGCCCUUCUGCGUCUGGCCUCUCACUAAGCACGAUGUCAAGAUCCAUCUAUGGUGUAGCAUGUGUCAAAGCCUCCUUCCUUGUCAUGGCUGAGUGAUACUCUAGUGUGGGGAUGGAACACGUUGUGUUUAUCUGCUCAUCUAUCUUUUGGAUGGACACAUUUAUAUUUAUACUGUUGUGUGCCGUGCUGCUCUGUGUGUUUACAGAUACACUCCUGUCCUGGGUUUGUUUUGAACAGAGAUAAAGGACUGGUGGGUGUGAAGUGAGGAGGGAAAUCAGACGUUGGAGAGAUUCAGAGCCCCCUCAUGGGGAUGUGGAGAGGCAGCUGGGGGUGCCAAGCCCCCAGGUGAAGGGUGCAAAGAACGAGGGACUCAUGACGACAAUCCUCACCCAGCUAUGUCAUGCUCAUGCUUUCCCUGAAGGUCUGCCCACAGCUUAGGAAGAGGGAGGAGGGAGUGGUCAGGUGGUUGUGAGUGGUCAAGUGGUUGCCAGGGUACUCUGGGUGGCCUUUGUCUCUGUCAACAAUGGCCCCAGAGGCCUUCUUGGCCUGAGCCUGCAGGGACACAGAGGCAGACAUGCAGACCCAGAGGCGGGAGGCCACCCGGCCCUACAUCCCCUCAGGGACCUACGUCCCCUCUGGGACCCUGGAAGUGGACUUCCCAGCAUCUCUGUACAGUGAUGACUACCUGUCCCUGGAGGGACCCCGCUGGGCACCUGCCAUCAAGCAGGCAACGCGAUGGAAGUAUACACCCAUGGGACAAGACGCAGCUGCCCAGCUGUGGUACACAGGCCUGACCAACUCAGACCCCCAGGAAGCCUGGUACAACAUGCCCCGGGCCCUGGACAGCCCAUACCGCGAGGCCUAUGCCUACUGGCACAGGUGCCACCAACACCGGGAGCACAGCCUGCCCUCAGCCUACACACAGCACCUGCGGGAGACGGCCUGGUAUGACCCCAUUCUCCCUGCCCAGUACGAGACACCAGACACGCGGUGGGGGAGCGCACUGUGGAAGGACAGGCCCAUCCGUGGGAAGGAGUUCGUGCUCAACAGGAACCAGUACCAGGAGAAGCCACUCUGGCGGGUGUCCGACUACGUUCCUCACCUGUCAGCACCCCAGCGCCCUUGCUACACAGCCCAGAACUACCGCCAGUGGGACCUGGAACCCUACUGUCCCUCCACCCACGAGCAGCCCCCAUCUGUCUAUAUGCCCACCCUCUGAUA